GUCUCGGAGCUCGCCAUCUCCAGCGAUCUCUACAUUGGGAAAAAACAUGGAGUCAGCUCCGGCAGCCCCCGACCCCGCCGCCAGCGAGCCGGGCAGCAGCGGCGCGGACGCGGCCGCCGGCUCCAGGGAGACCCCGCUGAACCAGGAAGCCGCCCGCAAGAGCGAGCCGCCCGCGCCGGUGCGCAGACAGAGCUAUUCCAGCACCAGCAGAGGUAUCUCAGUGACGAAGAAGACACAUACAUCUCAAAUUGAAAUUAUUCCGUGCAAGAUCUGUGGAGACAAAUCAUCAGGAAUCCAUUAUGGUGUCAUUACAUGUGAAGGCUGCAAGGGCUUUUUCAGGAGAAGUCAGCAAAGCAAUGCCACCUACUCCUGUCCUCGUCAGAAGAACUGUUUGAUUGACCGGACCAGUAGAAACCGCUGCCAACACUGUCGAUUACAGAAAUGCCUUGCCGUGGGGAUGUCUCGAGACGCCGUAAAAUUCGGCCGGAUGUCGAAGAAGCAGAGGGACAGCUUGUACGCGGAGGUGCAGAAACAUCGGCUGCAGCAGCAGCAACGAGAGCAGCAGCCCGGGGAGGCCGAGCCUCUCACCCCCACCUACAGCAUCUCGGCCAACGGGCUCACGGAGCUGCACGACGACCUGGGCGGCUACAUGGACGGCCACACCCCUGAGGGGAGCAAGGCGGACUCUGCCGUCAGCAGCUUCUACCUGGACAUACAGCCUUCCCCGGACCAGUCAGGGCUUGAUAUCAAUGGAAUCAAACCAGAACCAAUAUGUGACUACACACCAGCCUCCGGCUUCUUUCCCUACUGUUCCUUCACCAAUGGAGAGACGUCCCCGACGGUGUCCAUGGCCGAAUUAGAGCACCUUGCACAGAAUAUAUCUAAGUCACACCUGGAAACUUGCCAAUACUUGAGAGAAGAGCUCCAGCAGAUAACGUGGCAGACCUUUCUGCAGGAGGAGAUUGAGAGUUAUCAAAACAAGCAGCGGGAGGUGAUGUGGCAAUUGUGUGCCAUCAAAAUUACAGAAGCUAUACAGUAUGUGGUGGAGUUUGCCAAACGCAUUGAUGGAUUUAUGGAACUGUGUCAAAAUGAUCAAAUUGUGCUUCUCAAAGCAGGUUCUCUAGAGGUGGUGUUUAUCAGAAUGUGCCGUGCCUUUGACUCUCAGAACAACACCGUGUACUUUGAUGGGAAAUAUGCUAGCCCCGAUGUCUUCAAAUCCUUAGGUUGUGAAGACUUUAUUAGCUUUGUAUUUGAAUUUGGAAAGAGUUUAUGUUCUAUGCACCUGACUGAAGAUGAAAUUGCAUUAUUUUCUGCAUUUGUACUAAUGUCAGCAGAUCGCUCGUGGCUGCAGGAAAAGGUAAAAAUUGAAAAACUGCAACAGAAAAUUCAGCUAGCUCUUCAACAUGUCCUACAGAAGAAUCACCGAGAGGAUGGAAUACUAACAAAGUUAAUAUGCAAGGUGUCUACAUUAAGAGCCUUAUGUGGACGACAUACAGAAAAGCUAAUGGCAUUCAAAGCAAUAUACCCAGACAUUGUACGACUUCAUUUUCCUCCAUUAUACAAGGAGUUGUUCACUUCAGAAUUUGAGCCAGCAAUGCAAAUCGAUGGGUAAAGGUAUCACUUCUAGAAUGUCUGAAGUACAAACAUGAAAAACAACCACAAAAAAAAAUUAACCAAGACACUUUAUAUGGCCCUGCACAGACCUGGAGCGCCAAGACACUGCACAUCUUUUGGUGAUCGGGGUCAGGCAAAGGAGGGGAAACAAUGAAAACAAAUAAAAGUUGAACUUGUUUUUCUCAUG